CACAGUGAGAGGCUGGCAGGGCUGCUGCACAUUCAAAAUAGAGGGAGAGGGAGGGAAGAGGGAGAGAGAGAGAGAGAGAGCUAGCGAGGCAGUGAGAGAGAGAGAGAGAGAGAGAGAAGGAGAGUCAGGGACAGGCAGUGCUGAAAAGGAGAGCACAAAGAGAAGGAAAGUGGAGCAGGGGAGGGGAACAGGAGGCUGGGUGAAGGGAGAGGGAAAGACAAAAGAAGGAGAGGGGAGACAUAGCAGGGUGAACGGAGGGGACUGAGCAAAUGGCUAUGGAGGAGACGGCGGGGGGAGCCAGGAAAGCCACCAAGAGCAAACUGUUUGAGUUCCUGGUCCAUGGAGUGCGUCCCGGCAUGCCGUCUGGAGCGAGAAUGCCCCACCAGGGAGCUCCCAUGGGCCCCCCCGGCCCGCCGUACGGAGGGAGCCCAGCGGUGCGGCCCGGCCUGCCCUCCCCAGUGAUGGAGCCCAGCCGUAAGAGGCCUGCCCCCUCCCAGCAGGUCCAGCAGCAGCAGCAGCAGUCCGUCCAGAACCGUGCCAGAAAGAAGCCAGUCGGAUUCCCCGGAGCCAAUGAGAUGCCGGCGAGGCAGAUGGACAUGAGAGAGCCCCAAUCAGAUCCCACGCUCGGAUCAAAUGCUAAGAGAAGGAAAAUGGCAGACAAGAUUCUUCCGCAAAGGAUCCGUGAGCUGGUCCCUGAGUCUCAGGCCUACAUGGACCUGCUUGCAUUUGAGCGCAAGCUGGACCAGACCAUCAUGCGCAAACGCGUGGACAUCCAGGAGGCCCUGAAGAGGCCAAUGAAGCAGCAGAAGCGUAAACUGAGGCUUUACAUUUCCAACACCUUCAACCCUGCCAGACCUGAUGCAGAUGACUCUGAUGGCAGCAUUGCGUCAUGGGAACUGCGAGUAGAAGGGAAGUUGCUGGAUGAUCCGGGGAAGCAGAAGAAGAAAUUCUCUUCGUUUUUCAAGAGCCUGGUGAUCGAGCUGGAUAAAGACCUGUACGGUCCCGACAACCACCUGGUCGAGUGGCACCGCACGCCCACCACCCAGGAGACGGAUGGCUUCCAGGUGAAGCGGCCAGGAGACGUGAGCGUGCGCUGCACUCUGCUGCUGAUGCUGGAAUACCAGCCUCCCCAGUUUAAGCUGGACCCUCGCCUGGCUCGCCUGCUCGGUAUUCACACUCAGACUCGCUCCUGCAUCAUCCAGGCCCUCUGGCAGUACGUGAAGACCAACAAGCUGCAGGACUCGCAUGACAAGGAGUACAUCAACUGUGACAAGUAUUUCCAACAGAUUUUUGACUGCCCUCGGCUGAAGUUCUCUGAGAUCCCUCAGCGCCUCACCAACCUCCUCCUGCCCCCUGACCCCAUCGUCAUCAACCACGUUAUCAGCGUGGAUCCCAACGACCAGAAGAAGACGGCCUGCUACGACAUUGACGUGGAGGUGGACGACCCCCUGAAGAGCCAGAUGAGCAGCUUCCUCCUCUCCACCGCCAACCAGCAGGAAAUUGCCUCACUCGACAACAAGAUCCAUGAGACCAUCGAGUCCAUCAAUCAGCUGAAGAUCCAGAGGGACUUCAUGCUGAGUUUCUCCAGAGAUCCCAAGGGCUACAUCCAGGACUGGCUCAAAUCCCAGAGCCGAGACUUUAAGUUAAUGACAGACGUGGUGGGGAACCCUGAAGAGGAGCGGAGGGCGGCGUUCUACCACGAACCCUGGUCCCAAGAGGCCGUCAGCCGCUAUUUCUACUGCAAGAUUCAGCAGAGGAGACAGGAGCUGGAACAGGCCUUAGCGGUCCGCAACACCUAAACAAAAGAGGCCCUCCUGGAUUCCUGAGUCUGAUUUCAGAGCCGCUCCUGUGUGUGUGUGUGUGUGUGUGUGUGUGUGUGUAUGUGUGUGAGGUCAUUGCUGAUGUCUGGUGAUUCCUUAAACCUCUACAGUCUAAAGGAGGCUUCAUCUCAGAGGUGACUAAUCAAUUUCAUAGCUGUGUUUUGAAGUGUAAUCAGAGGAGGGAUUCACCAGACAGCAGCAGCGUACUGUGGUCCCCCAUCUCCUCCACGUCCCGUGUUAGCGCAGGACUGCGAAGGCAUCGCGGUUGAAAGCGUGGAUUCAUCCCCUCGAAGGACGACGGCAGUUUCCUCUCUGUAAAUAAACGUCACUAGAAAAGCUCCUUCUCGACCAGCUGCUCGCACGGCACUGUGUUUUCGGAUUCUCGUCUCAAGACUGUGCAGUGACAAACGCUCAUGACGUAACCCGCUGACACAGUCAGAGCCCCGCGGCUGCUCUGGAUGAGUCUUUAUUUUGUUUUCGUAUUCUUUUUGGAGAGAGUGCUUUUCAUUUGUCCUCGUUAGGGGGGAGAGCGUGCUCGAAUUGUCGAUUAAUUACACCAGCAAAGUCGCGACGACAGCGUGACGCACCGGGUGGUUGCACAGGAUGCUGCACGUAAACCAGAGGUGUGGAUAGAAAAAAAAAAGAAUAGAAAAAAAAGACUUCUUUUUACAGUAAAUUAACCAAACUGAAGUAUUAUGACAUUAUCAGCUCCAUUUGUUUAUACUGUAGUAAGAAUAAGUGUUUCGAUGAAGGGAAAAAAAACAAACAGUAUUGAUCCUGAACAUAAUAAUCAUAGAGAAACAGAUAUGCCUCUAAAUGUUCCGUCACUCACUGCCUCUUUGUCGCGUCGUACUUUUUGCCCGUUAGCGUCCCGAAGGUUUUACCAAAGGUUGCAGCGAGAAGAGAGAGCGAUCACUGAAACAGACGUUGGCAAAAUCCCAGACCUGGGUUUAACAGAAACGACUGAAUAAAUCCAAACACGCCAGAGUAUUUUAAAAAAGUGCUCCCAAAAGCUUUCCUUAACUCUUGAACUCUUGCAUCAGUGAACUUUUAAGCUCAGCUCUGUGGAUUUUUGUCUAUUUCUGCAUUUUUUUUUAUGUUACAAACACACGCAUUAAAAAAAAAGAGAGAAAUGAAUUUCUUUUCUACAGAUGUGAAUGUAAAUAUGUUUUUUUUUUUUCUUCCCCUUAAGAGGGCCAGCUGUACAGUAUACGACAGACUAUCUGUGUGUGCGCGUGUGUGUGCGAGCGUGUGUGUGUUUGUUUUGGAGGAUUUCGGGAGGGGGUGUUGCAGUAUGGGAGCUCCAUGAGUUUUGAGUUAGUAGGGCAGGAAUGUUAGUGUUCUUCUGUGUACUAUCUUGGGUUCGGGAUGAUUUAUUUUAGGUCCAUCCCGUGUGCAUCGUGGGAGCUGGAAGCUGCAACAGAGAGAGAGCCCUCCCUCGCUCUGAGACUCAGUAGCUGUAACUCGUGAUAUAAUCUGCACCGUUCUCAUGUUACACCUGUUUUGUUUUGUUAUUGUUUUUUUAAAUGACACAUGAGUUGUAUGUAUAUGUUGUAAUGUCAGGACGGAGGAUUUUCUUCUCUGCAGUUUCUAGAUUGGGUGGGUUGGUGGGUGGAGGGGGGGGGGACUUCUUUGCACUGUGCUGUAACUCUUUGUCGGGACUCUCUUCGUCACGGUUGAGACCCCUUUUAUCAUCCCAGCGUACUCAAAAAGGCGAUUGGACGAUUUCACGAUGACCUAUGCAUGCUCCAUGGACGUUCACUAUCACACCUUGCGAGACGGUCUGUGUAAAUAUGAAAAGCUGGCAUACCAGUGUGUGUGUGUGAGUGUGUGUGUGUGACGAGAGCGAGACCCGUCACAUUUGUUGAAAUGCCUUCUGAAAACCUUUUUUGCCAAAAAAAACUACAAAAAAAUCCAACAUACCCUACCAGCAACUAACUGUAGGUGUGACUUUUCUGAGCGUGUUUUUGUUACUAGGACUAAAUUAUAUUAACUGCACUCUUUAGAGGAGAAAAAGUAGUCAUAGGUAGUAUCUCGGUCCUGUGUCUGACCCAGUGAUUUUUUUUUUUAUUUUAUUAUUAUGAUUUUGUUUUUCUUUGUAUGGAUGGCCGAGGCCUUCACGUUGCUGUUCACUAGCACCCUCUUGUGGAGGAAUCUACGAGCUGCAGCUCCUCGGCUUCGAGCGGCGUCUGAUAAAAGUGUUAACAAACUGCUGUGUCUUCUGUCACUAAACCCUGGUGUACUGUUGACAUGUCUGUCUCGAUCCGUGCAUGUGUUCCCGAAGAGCGGGAGCUGCUCUUUUUCUCUGUUUACACUGUUGUCAGAGGGUCGCCGACAGGAAGGUUAUAGUAUACAUAAUGCUGUAUAUCUGUAAAGAGCAAAUCUUGUUUGGUGAUUACAUACUACAGAAAAAAAAGGGAAAACAGCUGUGACACUGCGAGACAGCCUGGAUGUAAAUAAAGAAGCGCUUGCCAAAGUUUGUAAAUGA